UCCGGAAGUGGCUGCCGCCUUCUCUUUUCCUUUGCUUUCUCGUUUUAUUUUUUUGAGUUUCUUGGUAAUGUUCCCGUAGAACUCCGCAGGGCGCGGACUUCUCUUCAGAGUCCCCUCAGCGUGUGAUCAGAAAUGGGAAGAAAAGUAAGCAGAAUCCGUCUUGCUUCUGAACCCAGUAUAAUUCACUUUCUGCAAAUUUCUUGGGAGAAAACAGUGGGAUCUGGAUUUGUUAUCCUACUUACUGAUGGUCAGUCGGCAUGGACUGGGAGAGUUUCUGAAACAGAGAUUACCCAGGAAGCUGAUGACAUGGCCAUGGAAAAAGAAAAGUAUGUCGAUGAACUGAAGAAAGCCCUGGUGUCUGAAGCAGGAUCAGCCGAUGCAUACAAGUUUAAUUUUUCUGAAGAGUCCUGUCAUUUCUCCUUUGAGAAAAAGCUGAAAGAUGUCUCAUUCAGACUUGGUUCCUUCAAACUGGAGAAAGUUGCAAGCCCAGCUGAGAUCAUUAGAGAGCUUAUUUGUUACUGCCUGGACACCAUUGCUGAAAAUCAAGCCAAAAAUGAGCACCUGCAGAAAGAAAAUGCAAGACUUCUGAGAGACUGGAAGGAUAUUCAAGGACGAUUUGAAAAAUGUGUGAGUGCCAAGGAAGCUUUGGAGGCCGAUCUGUACAGACGGUUUAUUCUGGUGUUGAAUGAGAAGAAAGCAAAGAUCAGAAGCUUGCAUAAAUUGUUAAGUGAAAUUCAAGAACUAGAAAAGAACACCGAACACGUAAGGGAGCCCACAGCCUGCUCUGAGCUGAGUGCUGACCGAGAGACAGUCUAUGAUGCGAGCACUGAUGAGGAAGGAGAGAACCUGGCUGGGCCCUCUGUGGCGGCUGCAGGUAAGGAUGAUUCCAUUAUUUCAAGUCCUGAUGUCACUGAUAUUGCACCAAGUAGAAAGCGGAGGCAGCGAAUGCAGAAAAACCUUGGGACAGAACCCAAGAUGGCGCCUCAGGAGCAGCACCUUCAAGAAGAAGAAAAGCUUGAUCCUUCACUCCCCGAGACACUGCAGAAGGAGCACGUCUCCGCUGAGCACUUGUCUUUAGAGACACUGAGAAACAGCAGCCCGGAAGACCUCUUUGACGAGAUCUAACAGUCUUGAGGAAGUACUUGGAGGGUCACUAGAUUACAUUUACUAUUCACUUCUUUAAAAUGAAACAGCAGAAUUGCAACCGAGCAGUAGCCAUUACUGCAACCUUACGAUUUAAUUACAUACACACGGGGUUGAAGCCGUUGUACAAAAUGGAUUAUACGUGUAUAUGAAGAUGUGAUUUGAUGACAGUGUUACGUUAUUCUAAACUAUUCGUGCAGCAUGCCUGGAAUUACAUAGAAUCUUAAACUUUGUUUCAAAGGACACAUUUAUUGUUUUCGUUCUUACAUAUGUGUGUGGUACAUGUCUCACACCCUGUCGGGGAUUCUCAAAAAGUAACAAAGAAAUCUUUUAAAUGUCUGUAGUUCUUUUUGAAAAGUUAUAUUCUGAACAGUUAAUUAUAUGUGAGCAUUUUCUUUUGUUGGAUGAUAUAUAAAAUAUAUUUUUAGUUUGUAUGUAAACAAUCUGAAAAUCUAAUAAUAAAAUUUUU